AGACAAUGACUCAAAGCUAUGAUGACUUCCAGUCAUCUAUUCAGAUUAAGAACUACAGAAAAGAACCUCUCUCAGUAGAAAGGGAGGAUAAAUUGAACCAAAGCGGAUAUGCAAACAAGUACAUCAACCUUCUUGACACCAGCAACCACGCUGUUGAGAGGAAACUUUUCUCUGAUCACGGUGAAAACAGUAUGAAGCGUGACCAAAGCCCAUUAGAAACACCUUGAACUGGAGAAAAAGAGAAACAUUUGAUCAAGAUCGAACUUCACGAAGAGACCAAGAAGAAGCCAGUUCCAAAAUUUAUCAACCCCUCUAGAUCCAAGAAGGCCACCAGUAAAGACUUCUCAGAGGAGAAUUUCUACUCAAACCACAAGGGAAAAUACUGGAAUUAAAACAAACAUGCAAUUUUAAAAAAUUUCCAAAUUCUGAAGUGCUAGAAAAUCAAGAAAGGAUUUAUUCGAAAUACUACAAAAGCCAAGGAUUCCUCAAGCAUGGGUACCCAAUCAAUAAGAGCUCUACUAAAGAUCGAGAAGUUAUUCCCUCUAUCCAUACCAAAUUAGCAUCCAAAAUCACAUCCAAAGGCUAUUACAGCAAGUAUAAAAACGAGAAGGCUUGUAGAAAGAAGAAGUUGAUCAAGCCAAAACACAAGAACUCUAAAGAUAUGACGAGCAAGACUUCACAGAGGUUGAAAUUUAUUGCCAACAGCUCCUUACAAGAUUAA